UGAGAAAAAAAACAAAGUGAUUGAGUUGGAAAAGUAAUUUUCCCCGAAUUUCAGUGGAAAAUCGCAAAUUAAUUGGCAACAACUCGCUAAAAAUUAAAGUUCAGUACUGAUUUUUGCAUUUGACGACCUGAGACGCCGCCAACAACUCGACGUCACAACAGUUUCGUACACAUAAAGAAGGAAAACUUUGACCAAUUUGAGAUUUUUUCUGAGUGGCAAAAUGUCAUCAGAAAGUCCUGCAGAGGCAACUGCAGCUCCCGCAACGACAGAAACCCCGAGUCCCGUGCCAGAUUUCUCGAGUAUCCGAACAAAAACGGUCCUCAUCAGUCCGACAGAGGAGCAAUAUGACCUGUUACUGCAAAAGCUGCAAGGCCUAAUAAACGACAGCGGCGGCGAAACCAUCUACGAAAUCGGAAUCGGGCUCGAAGGAAGUGAUUCGGGCCUCGAACCUGAAGAAUAUGCCGCUUCCCUUGCCACGUUACAGUCCCUCGCUGCCAGCUUGAAUGCGGAUUGCGUCGAAUUACGAACGCGCAAGGGCGAAAAAGGCAUGACGGGUCAGUAUUUGGUGCGUCAACGACUAGACGAGCAAGAUUUCAUGGAAAUUCGCGUCGCGGUAGUGGGAAAUGUCGAUGCUGGCAAGUCUACGUUGCUCGGAGUUUUGACGCAUGGCGAGCUGGAUAACGGGCGAGGUCAUUCGCGGCAACGACUGUUUCGACACAAGCAUGAAAUGGAAAGCGGAAGGACUAGUUCGGUCGGGAAUGACAUUUUGGGCUUCGAUUCGACGGGAAAUGUCGUAAAUAAGCCGGAUCACGGGCACCUGGAUUGGGUGAAAAUCUGCGAAAAGUCUUCCAAGGUGAUUACGUUCAUCGAUCUGGCGGGUCACGAGCGAUAUUUGAAGACGACGGUAUUUGGCAUGACGGGACAUGCUCCGGAUUUCGGGAUGUUGAUGGUUGGCGCGAAUGCCGGCAUGAUUGGGAUGACGAAGGAACACCUGGGACUCGCUCUGGCAUUAUCGGUGCCCGUUUUUGUGGUUGUUACGAAAAUUGACAUGUGUCCCGCGAACGUGCUGCAAGAUAAUUUGAAACUUUUGUGCAAAGUUCUAAAAUCGCAAGGGUGUCGCAAGGUACCCGUGAUGGUUCGAACGCCAGAUGAAGUCGUAGUUUCAGCUACAAAUUUCGUUUCUGAGCGUUUAUGCCCGAUUUUUCAAGUUUCGAACGUCACAGGGGAAAAUUUGGAUUUGCUGAAGAUGUUUUUGAAUCUGCUGACGACACGAAUGCACGGUUUGGAUAAUUUACCUGCGGAAUUUCAGAUUGACGAUACUUAUACGGUGCAAGGAGUGGGCACCGUUGUCUCCGGGACGACUCUUCAAGGCACCAUUCGACUUAAUGACACACUUCUGCUGGGACCUGACCCGAUCGGGCACUUCCAACCGAUACAAGUGAAGAGUAUUCAUCGCAAACGGAUGCCCGUACGUGAAGUUCGUGGCGGUCAAACUGCCUCCUUUGCCCUCAAAAAGAUCAAACGUUCACAAAUUCGCAAAGGAAUGGUCAUGGUAUCGCCAGAUAUCAAUCCCCAAGCCUGCUGGGAGUUCGAGGGAGAAAUUCUCGUGUUGCACCAUCCAACGACAAUCAGUAAACGCUACCAAGCGAUGGUUCAUUGUGGCUCGAUACGACAAACCGCCUCCAUUAUUACCAUGUCAAAGGAGUGUCUGCGAACGGGCGACAAGGCACUCGUCAAAUUCCGCUUCAUCAAACAUCCGGAAUACGUGAGGAAAAAUCAGAGAAUGGUCUUCCGCGAAGGACGCACAAAAGCUGUCGGAAAUGUUCUCGCGCCCCUGCCAAUGACACAACAAAUCCCCGCGAAAAGUAAACCCUCGAAGAUGCAAUCGCGAAAUGCGACGACGACAACUUCUGGGACCACGGGACAAAAUCAAAAUUUGAACCCAAAUUCGGGGAAUGGCAGCAUCGAACAAGAAAGUGUGUUGGAAAUCGGGACAGAUAAGAGGAAUUUCAAGUCGCGAGGCGGCGGAAAACGACGAAGGGCAGCAGCGGCGGCGGCAGCAGCGACAAAUGUACCAACAGCAACAAAUGUAGUUGUGAACAAUCAACCACCAAUUGCGACAACGUCACCAGCUGCGGUGUCGGUACCUACUUAAAGAGAAGAAAAAAAAACUAAAAAUUGAUAAGAGACAGCAAAUGAUGUGAAUUCACGAAGAAAGACUUUAAUUUUUUGGAUUAUUAUAUGAGAAAAAUUUACUUUAGAAUACAGGAACAGAGUGUAAAAAACUAUUUUGAGAUAUGAAAUGAAUAAAAGAAAAAAACAGAAUU